CCGGGAAUCACAGUGCUGAAACCACCGCAUCAGCCGCACCGAGCCACCGUCCAGCGGAACCUAAACUCGGAUUACUCAUCCCCGAUGAACUGUCCCGAGGAAUCGCGCGAACACGACGCGAAAAACUACCGCAGAACAACAUUUGCUCACGACGCGACCGAAGACAUGCGGCGUCCGCACGAAGAAGCAUCACCUGCUGCAGUAACGCGGAAGGCAUCUCUUUAACCUUUAGGCGCAGACACCUGGACGCGGACCUGAAUGAUUUCACGCCACUGAGGGAUGCUUUAACACAUGUGGCAUGCGACUUACUUUGCAGGAGGACAUCUAGAUCCCAACCCCAAUGGAAUGAAUCGAUCUUAUGGCUUCUGACACCUGUUUACUGCCUUUUCGUUAUUUUUUUUACUUAAAUCAGAAUGCAAUAUAGACGUGCACUUAAAUAUUUCACAAAUGCAUCUUUGUUUCUCCAUUUAACUUGCAAUCGAUUUUAAGUCAAAUCACCUUUAUUUAUAGGCUAUAGCGCUUUAUACAAUACUGAUUGUGUCAAAGCAGCUUUACAGUGUCAACAGAAAAAUCGUUUGUCAAUAAUGCAAGAAGAGGACAGUCAUUUUUCCAGCUAAAGUCAAUUGAUUGAUGAUUUAGUGAUGUAAUCGUCCACUUCAGCUCUCUUCCAACAGUGUCUGUGCACUCAAAGCAAGUCAAAGGCGACAGAGACAAGGAUCCAAAACUCCAUCGGUGACAGAAAUGGAGAAAAAACCUUUAAGCGAAAUUCCAAAAGUGCAAUGAAUUUAAUGCAGGUUGCGACUUUAAUGCAUCACUUAAGUUGCAAUUGUAGCGGGUUGCAAUUGUUGCGGAAUACAAUGGCUUUCACGCAUUCGCUCUUCACAGCCUAAAAACAAACAGGGAGUCCGUAAACCUGCGCUAAUUGAUCCAGGACAGUGUCGAUUCUCCCCGUUCUUGGAUGAAGCAUGCUGAAGAGCCGCUGUUGCGUUCUCUUCAGUGACCUCAAGGUGUUUCUGCUCGGGCCACAGGCUCCUACAAACCCCAUGAGCGGACAAACGGCCAGAAUCAGCCCGUUUGCCUCGGAUAACAACAAUACGUUACGAGCCCACCGGCUCCGGCACUGGAGUACCCCGUCCACAGAGGACGCUGAGGCGGCUGCGGACGUUUCCUGGACCGGCGCCGCGGCGGAAGAGUUCCCCAAGGACCGGAGGGAUGACAGAUUCUCCUUCAUCAGCUAUGCAGAAGGAACCCCGGUGUGCAGGAUAUGCUUCCAGGGGCCGGAACAGGGUGAGCUGCUGAGCCCGUGUCGCUGCAGCGGCUCCGUUCGCAGCACUCAUCAACCGUGUCUCAUCAAGUGGAUCAGUGAAAGAGGCUCGUGGACCUGUGAACUCUGUUACUACAAGUAUCAGGUGAUCGCCAUCAGCACCAAGAACCCGCUGCAGUGGCAAGCGAUUUCGCUCACCGUCAUAGAGAAGGUCCAGAUAGCGGCGGCGAUCUUGGGUUCGCUCUUCCUCAUCGCCAGUAUCUCGUGGCUGGUGUGGUCGUCUCUCAGCCCUUCGGCCAAGUGGCAACGGCAAGACCUGCUCUUCCAGAUCUGUUAUGGGAUGUACGGCUUCAUGGAUGUCGUCUGUAUCGCUCUAAUCGUCCACGAGGGCCCGUCCGUUUUCCGUAUAUUCCACCGCUGGCAGGCCGUCAAUCAGCAGUGGAAAGUUUUAAACUACGACAAGAAGCGAGACAGCGAGGAGCUGAAGAAUAAUGAGGAGAGGACGCGUUCGCUGCUCCACCAGAGGGAUCCGUCAGGAGCGGACGUCUCUCCUUCACCGUCUUCACUCAUGGCUGCUGCUGGGACACCGGCGCUCGACGUGACCGACGGCACGACAAACACAAACACCACAGCUGCAGCGCAGGACCAGACUGACGCUCUCGCUGACGGGCCGGCUUUACCGGACCAGCACUGUCCCUAUAAUCUCCUGCAUUUACUGAGUCAUCUACGGCCGCACGAGCCACGCAGCCCAGCCAGCAACAUCAGCACAAACACCACUAAACCUAGAGAAGUGGUUAUGAGAGUCACCACCGUCUGACUGGAGGCCUUAUGAUGGGACCCUCGAACUCUUUUCAGCACAGAGACUAGAAGCACAGCCUUGGAACUGUUGGAUUAUUUAUGACUUUCACUGAUACUGAUAACAAACAGUGUGGGGUUUUAAUGGCAUAUUCUGCGAUCUAAAGAGCAGGUUGGAAAGCUGAUGAAUUUAAAGGGACAGUUCACCCAAAAAUGGACAUUCUGUCAUUCUUUGAUGUUACAAACAUGUAUGAUGUCAUUUUAUUUCCUGAGGAACACAAAAGGAGAAUUUAUGAAGAAUCUUAAAGCAUACAACAACAACUGAUUGUGAUCAAGGUUUAGCUCCAAAAAGCACCAUAAAAGCGUCAUAAAAACGGCCUUUUUAUUCUGAAUUUGUGUUCUACAGUAAAAAUAACAUUUUUAGUACCAUUGUCAUUUUGGUAUCAUUGAUAUGCUAUUAUACUUUCUUUUCUAUUUUCCAUUUGAAUUUUAAGAAUUUUGUUGUGUGUUUUUGUCAACUUUAUUAGUUUUUUUUUUUUUGUAGUUUUUGUUUUAUUUAGUUUAAUUAAAUUUUUAAUUGUAGUUAUUUUAGUACUUCGAUAUAAACAAAACAAAACAUUCAUAUAUUGAGUUAUUUAAGAAAUUCUGUCAAUUAUUUUGUUUUGUCAUUUUUAUUAUUUUGUAAAAUAUAUCUAUAAAUACAUUUUAAUUUUAUUUCAGUACUUAAAGUUGAACUAAAUGAAAAUUAAAAAUGUUGCCUUGGCAACUAACAACUACAUUUGAUUUGAUUCCAGUUUAUUCCAUGUUUAUUUUAUUUCAGGUAACUAAAAUGUUUUUGUUUGUUUUAGUUUUAAAUAAGGAUAAUAACCUUGCUUGAGGGCAGGGCUAUUAUAGUUAACUAAAACUAAAAUUGAAACUAAAAUUAAAACAUUUUCGUAACAUGAAAUAAAAUAAAUGUUAACCGAAAUCAAAUAUUUAAAAAAAAUUUUUAUUUCAGAUAUUUGCCAAGUGAACAUUUCACACUUUAAUUUAGUUUAGCUUGAAGUAAUAAUAACUAAAACUGAAACUAAAAUAAUAAUGAAUGAAAACUAUAUAAAAAAUAAAACAUAAAACUACUAAAAAUGACAAAAACACAAUUAAUUAAACUAAAAUUAAAAUUAAUUUGAAUUAUAAUUUUGUUUAUAAUUAAACAAAAACACUUCAAGAAACUAUAAUAGUAUCUCAAUGAUACUAAAAUAAAACCUUAUUUUUGUUUUUGGGUGAACUAUUCCUUUAAAAAAAUCACUUGUUUUAGACAAUAUUUACUCAAAAAAAAAAAAAAAAAAUCACAAAAACAUCUGAAAAGAGAACAUAUGCACAAUCCAUUGAAAAGGCUGAUGGUAUUUAAAUGAAAUGAUGAAUAUGUUUACAGUAACGUUACUGGCGCCGCCACAGAAACAUCAAACGGAGCCCAUGACCCUUUCACUGUCCGUAAAUAAUGAGUGACAGCUGUCAGUCAUCACACAGACAGAUGCCGCCCAGGACAGCAGCUCAAUCAGUUGAAAAGCACAAACUCUCGCGCUUUUUCUCUGUUCCUCUCAUGCCUGCUGGUAAUGCAUGUUUUCAUAUUCACAACCUUUGUGAGGAUAUCAAUCAUCUCAAAUCAUAUGACGUGGACGUCCUGCAAUCAUUGCCCCCUUGAGAACUUAAAGUCAACAUGAAAUCAAAAUUCUAUUUAUUUUCAUAAUACAAAUACUUCAACUGUGCACAAAUAAUUAGUGCACUUUAUUCUAAAUAAAACAUGUUUGUCUUUUUAAUGUUUCAUCAAAAUGUAAUAACCUGCUCUGCCUCCGAAAAAACUUUCCUUGACGUUAUUUAUUAUUUUUCAGCCCAGCCAACCAGCUAAUUCUUGCAUAAAACCAUGUUUUCUCAUAAUAAUGAGAUGUUAUGUUGUUAAAACUAUAUAUUUUCUAGCAAUAACAAGUUGCCAUGUCAUUAAAUUAACAUUUUUCUUGUUAAAACA